AUGACAGACAAGAAGAAAGGGAAACAACGUAGGAAUGAAGAGGAAAAGCCAACAAAGGAGGAAUAUGCCAUAGCCAAAUAUUUACGAUUUAACUUGCCAGUUAGGGAAGGAAAGCUGCAUGGAAUGGAGGUGAAAUGUUUUUUUGGUAAUGCUGCUGUAGACAAGUUGAUGGAGUCCAAGUGGUCAGCAAGUAAGAACAAAAAAGACCCCUUGUUCACCAACAGACAGUCUUGUGUUGCCUACAUGGUCAG